GCGCGUAUCUACUUGUCAUUGCUGUUCUGUCCAUCAUAGGGAACCUCCUGGUGCUCAUCAUGGCCAGCAAGCGCUCCAAGCACAUGAAGCCGGCAGAGCUGCUGAGCGUGAGCCUGGCUGUGACGGACCUUGGUGCGGCCGUGACGAUGUACCCGCUGGCUGCAGCGUCGGCCUGGAACCAUCACUGGAUCGGCGGUGACGUCACAUGCCGCUACUACGGCUUCAUGGGGUUCUUCUUCGGAAUAGCCAGCAUGGCGACGCUGACAGUGAUGGCCGUCGUCCGAUUCAUCGUGUCCACCAACCUGCAGUCACCCAAGGAGCGGGUGAGCAUGCGGAAUGCUAAGCUGCUGGUGGUGGGGGCAUGGCUGUACGCGCUGCUCUGGGCCGUUUUCCCCUUCGCCGGCUGGGGCCAGUACGGUCCUGAGCCCUUUGGCCUGUCUUGCACACUGUCCUGGGCCAACAUGCGCCACAUCGACCACGGCUUCUCCUUCGUCAUCAGCAUGUUCUCCAUGAACCUGGCCACACCCGCCGUGGUCAUCAUCACCUGCUACGCCGGCAUCGCCUUGCGCCUGCGGGUCACCUUCAAGUCCAUCAACAGCUUCAACCACCUGCCCAACGCUGUCAAGAUGCAGAAAAGACUUGUACUGAUCGCCAUCUUCAUCAGCAUGGGUUUCCUGGGUAGCUGGACGCCCUACGGCAUGGUGAGUCUGUGGUCAGUGUACAGCGACAGCACCUCCAUCCCGCCACUGGUGAGCAUGUUGCCCUGCCUGUUCGCCAAGACCUCCACUGUCUACAACCCCCUCAUCUAUUACAUCUUCAGCAAGACCUUCAAGACCCAAGUCAAACAGCUGUGUUGUCCGUACAGAUGGUCCAACGCCUGCAACCCAGACAUGGACAGCAACAAGGCCAUCGAGAACACCGUCUACCUGGUGUGCAAUGACGCCAAACCUCCACAGCCAAGGCCCCGCAUGGACGACAAGGACCUCGGGACAACGGAGCAGAUGGAGACGCGGCUGACUCUGGAAUACCAAUAGUGUUUAUUUAUUGAGGUGGGGGGGCAGUAUUACAGCUGGUGCC